AUGGGCGCUCAACAAGGGAAGGAGACCCGUUGCGGUAGUGGCUCUUCUGUCAGUAGCAAUCGUGGGAAACCGGCGAAGCAUUAUCAAAGAAGUAAAGCCUCUUCAAAAGAAUCAAGAUCUUCUUUAGCAGCUAAUAAUGUAUUUUCCGAGCAUAAUGAAGCUUUACUGCAGAGUCGACCUCUACCACAGAUUCCUGAUAUGUCUGAUGAUAUUCGCAACCUUCCACCUCCAAUGAGUAGUGCAUCGAGAUGGAUGUCAAAAGAUAAUCUUCUCUCCCAGGAUGAUGAUUCUCAGCUUUUUGUUGCCUUGUAUGAUUUUCAUUCAGGUGGAGAAAAUCAACUUUCUCUUAGAAAAGGGCAACAAGUACGUGUUUUAUCAUACAACAAAACUGGCGAGUGGUGUGAGGCACAGUCAUGGAAUGGCUUGGUUGGAUGGGUACCCAGCAAUUACAUAACUCCUGUAAAUAGCCUAGAAAAGCAUUCCUGGUACCAUGGCCCAAUAUCUAGAAAUGCUGCUGAAUACCUUCUUAGUAGUGGCAUUAAUGGAAGCUUUCUAGUCCGAGAGAGUGAGAGUAGUCCUGGGCAAAGGUCUAUAUCCGUACGCUAUGAAGGCAGAGUUUACCACUAUCGUAUAAAUGAAGAUUCUGAUGGAAAGGUAUUUGUUACUUCAGAAUGUCCUUUCAACACACUUGCGGAAUUAGUUCAUCAUCAUUCAAUUCAUACUGAUGGAUUAAUAACUGUUUUGUUGUACCCUGCCCCAAAGAGAAAUAAACCAACUGUUUUUGCUUUAAGUCCUGAGCCAGAUGAAUGGGAAAUCGAACGAACUGAUAUUGUUAUGAAGCAUCGACUUGGUGGUGGACAGUAUGGCGAUGUGUAUGAAGCCAUUUGGAAACGAUAUAAUAUGACUGUUGCUGUGAAGACAUUGAAAGAGGAUACCAUGGCUUUAAAAGAUUUUCUAGAAGAAGCUUCCAUUAUGAAAGAAAUGAAACACCCUAAUCUAGUCCAACUUUUAGGUGUUUGUACAAGAGAACCUCCUUUUUAUAUUAUAACUGAAUUUAUGCAGCAUGGAAAUCUUUUGGAUUUUCUGCGCAGUACAACACGUGAUAGUAUAAAUGCAAUAAUAUUGAUGCACAUGGCAACUCAAAUAUCCUCUGCUAUGUCCUACUUGGAAUCAAGGUGCUUCAUUCAUAGAGACUUAGCAGCUAGAAACUGCCUCGUAGGUGAUGGUCAUCUUGUAAAGGUUGCUGAUUUUGGAUUAGCACGACUGAUGAGAGAUGACACUUACACUGCUCAUGCUGGUGCUAAAUUUCCUAUUAAAUGGACAGCCCCUGAAGGGUUAGCUUAUAACAAAUUUUCUACGAAAUCAGAUGUUUGGGCAUUUGGAAUCCUUUUGUGGGAGAUUGCAACAUAUGGUAUGUCCCCGUAUCCAGGAGUGGAGUUGACUGAUGUCUACCAUAUGUUAGAAUCUGGUUAUCGAAUGGAAUGUCCAUCUGGUUGUCCUUCCCGCAUUUAUGAACUUAUGAAAGAUUGUUGGCUGUGGGAACCUAAUGAAAGACCAACAUUUAAAGAUAUUCAUGAAAUUUUAGAAAAUAUGUUUCAUAAUUCUAAUAUCAUUGAAGAGGUUGAAAAACAACUGGAAAAAAAGUUACCAUCUGGGUUGGGUAAAUCAGGAAGUAUAUCAUCAUCAAAAUCUCAUACAUUCAAUGAAAAGUCUUGCCAAAAUAUUGGAUCUGAGCUUGAUAACAACGUUAUGGUAUCGGAGAGCCAAGGUAUAUUUUCUGUAAAAUCUGUGUUUGUACAACUUAGCAGAUCUAGUCCUCGUUAUAAGCAUGUGCCUGCCCCUCCUCCAAAGAGAGCUAGUUCCUUCAAAGAAAAUUCGUUUCCUGAUGGUUUGGAUCAAGUUGAAGAUACCAUGUUUUUCAGGGAGUCUCCAGAUACCAAAUUUGAUGCUGGUGUUGAGGACUACCCUUUAUGCAAUAAGAUGGGCAAAGGAGAUUCUCAUGAGAGGAUGUCUGAAAAGGAGGACUCUGGCGUCGCUGCUUCAUCUUCUGAUGCUUCUUCAAUUCAGCUUAAAAAGUCCAAGAAAAACAGAUCUCAAACUUCUCUUGCAGCUCAAAAAUCAAAAGAUGUCAAUGGAAGCCGCAAAAAUGACACUAAAAAAGUUAAAGUUGCUGCAUUGGAAGUCCAAAACGUCAAAAAAGCAAUCAGUCGCUACGGAACUUUGCCGAAGGGAGCUCGUAUUGGAGCAUAUCUGGAUUCAUUGAGACAGCAUGGAUUACAUGAAGGUACUGCUUGUCCGCCAGAAACUGUAAUGGAAGGAGAGCUGGAGUGCUUACGAGAAAUAAGUGAAGAGGUUCAUGUUGAUCACAGAGUUACUGGCUCUGUGACAAACUUGAGUCGAUUAGAGAUAUCAAGCUCGAGGCACUUAGCUGGAAUGAGGUAUGGCUUGGAAAAUAAAUCCAUCAGAAAUGCACAUAGGUUUUUCUUAAGACAGAAAUCUGAUUUAACUCAUAAUAAAAUGAAUGAUGUAUUAGAAACAUUUUCCAUAACUGAAUCUCAUCAUUUAAGGUCCAGAAAGCCUAUUCUAACAGAUCGCUUUUUUCAAAACAAAAAGACAGAGAAAAAAUCAGAAAGUCUAACAUGCAUUCGAGAGCCAAUGGAGCUCUUGGGUAAUGUUUCAAAUAUUUUUGUCAACAAUACCACUCACCAUGCAUCUUGGGAAAAUGUUGUUACAAAUAAUUGCAUUGCUAACAGUGCAUUAGUUUUUGAGUCUGAUAGAUUGGAUCGUGAUAUGCAUAAACGAAAUUUAAAGAAGCGAACUUUCAAUAAACCUGCUUUAAAUAGAAGUCAGAAUGCUAAAGGCGAUGGUUCCAAGCUUCCUUUUAAUCAGCAAAAGUCUUUGGAAUGCAAUAAUGGUGGAAAUGGUGUUCAAUUUAUGCCAAAUAAUGGAACUAAUAAGGUCAAAUCAAAUCAUUUUAGUCUGAAUCAGUGCAAUUCCAAACUAGCUCCUGUGACUGAUUUAUCAGAUGAAAAUAUAUUUACUGAGAGCGAUGAUUCUUUAAGCUCUCCAGAAAGUCUUGAAAAUCUUGCCAAGGUUCCUUUACCCGAUGCUGUGAGUGAGCUGGAACUCACUUCGCAAUCGGAAGUUGUUAUUCCAGCCCCCGAGGGCUUUCAAAAUUCUAUUGGUGCUGAAGAGGAAGUUUGUGUGUCGGGAUUUGCCAAGUUAAAUGUUGAGAACUCUCUUGAAGAUAUUGGUGCUAUUGAUGAUGAUGGGGUGAAAAAUGCCAAGGAAUCUCAUGCUCAUCCAAAAAUUCUGUUACGAAAAGAUUUAUCCUCAGAUAGUCUUGAUGUAGAUUUCAAGCAUGAGCGCAGCAAAAGUGAUGCAUUUGUUUCCGAUAAACCUUUCUCUGUUACAGAUUCUGGUGGAAGGAGGCAUAGUGCUGGGAACGUCAAGAACAUAAAGAAACAUUUUGAGAGGGAUUUUGCAAUAUAUGAUAAAGUUGCCAAUAAUUCUGAUGGAAAUGAAAGCCCUGAACUUGAUAGUUCUUCCGAUAAAAUAAUCGUAAAUUCAAAAAGCAUGAAAGUCAUUCAGAAUGAUUCAAAGUGCUCGGAUGAUUAUUUCAGAAACGUAAACAAUGCCCAUGAAGAAAAUGAUAAUCUCUUUUUCCCACCUCCUCUUCCACCCGAGGGCUUAAAUCCGGAUGCUGGUUCAGUGACUUCCAGAAAUUCACCACCCACUAGCCCUCCACUUGAUCCAAGGCUUUCAAAUGGACAAAAUAAGCAAUCUGCCAAAAAUUCUGACCAGAACACUCAAAAUAUGAACAAGGUUGAAAGCAUUUGUCUGGAUGAUGCUCAGAGUAGAUCUUCCAUCGUGGAGAUACAUAAAAGCAUGGAAGACAUCAUCGGUCGAUUGCGGAAUUCCUCUCACAGCAACGGCACCAAAGUGAUCCAGCUUUCGGAAAAGAUAAAUCUUUUUUGUUCCACUUGUGGGACCCACACUGCCAAUGUACCAGCACAAGAACAGUUCCAUUUUCGUGAACUCAUUUCCAUUUUGGAGAACCAAAAAGAACAUUUCCAAUCUUAUUCUAGCAAAAGUUCAGGUGAUGUGAAACUAUUAACAGAAAUACAUAGCACAAUUAGGGACCUAAUGAACGUCGUUCAAAGGUGA